AUGUCGAAAAAGCCGGAUAAACCUCUUCACAUGUUUCGUGAAGUAUGGUCAAAAUUUGAAAACCGUGUAUCAACUAGACUUAGACCGCAAGAAAAAUGGGUUCAUCCAAAAGACAGAAUUAAAAGGUGGAAAAUUUUUGAAGGCGAUACGGUCAAAGUCAUCGCAGGUGAUGCUAAACAUCAAAUUGGGAAGGUUAAAUCGGCCGAUAUGUUUACAAAUAGGGUUUGGGUAGAAGGCGUAAAAGUGGGCAGGAGAACUUCGCCGAAUGAGAUUUCAAAUGCCACAGAUCAAUCUGAAAAAAAGGGUGGAUGGUGGUUACGACCAACUCUGAAGGCGAUCCACGUAUCAAAUGUUAUGCAUAUAUACCCUGAUGAUUUGAAGGACGAUUCCAUUCCAGACAAAGAUAAGAGGCGUGUUAGAACUAGAUGGAAAAAAGUCGAUAUUGAUGGAAAUGGUACUAUGAGAUGGCGACGUAUAGUUUGUGGAACCGAUAAUGUUAUCAUCCCUUUACCACCAAGGCCAGAAAAGUCAGAAUAUAAACAAGAAAAAUCGCCAUGGGAUACCUCAAAAGAACUUGCAAGUGAAAUGACAUGGUCGGUUUCAAAAGAUUAUCCAUUACCCCAGGGUGUAAUUGACGAAUUACGUGAUCGACAUAAACCAUGGAGAUAUAAUUAUCUUCACAAAAAUAGACC